AUGAUCACUGUCGUCGUCUCCUCCAUGGAGGAAGAGGAAGAGGGUGGGGGAGGGGGACGGGGGAGGGCAGCGCCCGGAGCCGUGUGCGCGUGGCCGUGGCGCCGGAGCGGCGAAGGAGGGGUAGGGUGGUGCUCGCCGCGGCCAGAGGGCGACCUCGUCACUGGGCUCCCCGGGCAACCAGAGGUCGGGUUCAAGCACUACGCAGGCUACGUCGACGUCGGAACGGGCGGCGACAAGGCGCUCUUCUAUUGGUUCUUCGAGGCCGAGAAGGGGCCGGAGAAGAAGCCCCUCAUGCUGUGGGAUAUGGCUCAACGGAGGUUUUUUGUUUUCGUCACUCCUUUGUUAUAUGGAAGAAGACUUCAUGGCACUCAGGAAGGUGCCAAGGAGAUGCUGGACCAAGGCGUGGAGGCAUUGCAAGCUGAAGAGCACAUAGCUGCAGAUGCUGGAGGCCGGGCCGGUGAGCCGAGGAUUGGAGGUAGCGCUGAUUGGUGUUUUUAUGGAGAGAUAGGAUGCCCCUGUUUGGUGUUUUUAUGCAUUUUGGUUUGCUUGUAA